UUUUUAUUUUAUUUUUUUUAUUUUAUUUUUGUUUUCCCUUCUCUUACUCCGUACUCCACGGAGACACCGGCGGUCUUCACAAACAAGUACGAGAAACAAAAUCAAGAGCAGGAUGAGAAUGGUGCAGAGUGUAUGCUCUCAUCGGAUUCUGUUUUCUGAUAUAUUUCUUCUUGUGAUGCAGUACGCCUGUCCUGGGAAAGGAAAAUGUGAUAUUGACAGACAGUGCUGUACUUAUCGAAAAGUACUCCGUCAAUGACCGAGUUCUCGGCUUGGUUGGAGUUAUGUUUUCAAUCUCUGGUGUAUAUACCUAGUAAUCAUUAUCUACCAGUAUUAGUAGUGGAAUUUAUUAUUAUUUUGGCUACAGCGGAGAAAAGUCCUGCUGCUUGUUGCUGGUGCUUCUCUUGCUUCUCUUGCUCCUCUUCCUGCUGCUGCUGUUGCUGCCGCUUGUCCUCCUCUCAAUCUGAUUUUCUUAUCCCCGGUCAAGAAGAAAAAAAAAAAAACAGAAUCCACGUCUUUUGCUCGCUUCCUUUCCGUUGCCCCCCUCUCAGUCUACCUGCUUUCCCUCUCGCUCUCUCUCCGUUUCUCGGUCUUGAGACUUUUUUUUUUCUCCCCGUCCCCUCCUCAAGCCUCCCCCCUCCCUCUCCCCCGGUCCUCUUCUCCCUCUCUCUCUCUUCUCGGUUUGGGACGAUUGCAUUUCUCCUCUGCUACCCGAUCUUUUCCUUCCCUUUCCAUUUCCCUUUCCCUUUCCCUUCUCCCCCUCCACUCUAUCCUCCGUCCUUAAUUCCCUCAUCCACCCACUCUCUCCUCCCCCCCCCCCCGCCUUCUCCAACCCUCUUCAUUUCUCUCACGCCAGACUUAAUCUGUCUGUCGUGCCUGAAGGGUGAGAAGUUGCUGUCGGUCACUGCUUGCCAUUCUGCCUCGUUCACUCGUGGUAGAUCCUAUUGAGAGUGCAUUCACUCCUUUUUUCUGUGAGUAACCAUCCAGUCAGUCCCCUUGCCUGACAAUCCCGAAGCACAAUGUCUUGUCUUUUUUUUUGGUCCGCCGUCCACAAUACGGUCAAGGGCAAAAUUCACCACACCUCAUCAACUACGCCUUCCAUCCAACUCGGUCA